AUGCUCAGAGAUUCAAAAACAAAUGAAAAACGGCAACGAGAUUUUGUAAAUUUAGAUGACUGUAUACUGAGUACACUGCCUCCUUACACUCUAAGUGUGAAUGAGGAAUAUGAUGUUCUUUAUCGACUGCUUGAAUUACUGCCAGAAUACUAUACAAGUAAGAUGGUUGCCGAGCAGCGGGUUCCAGAGGAGUUGAUUAUUCAAAUCAUCUUAAAAGCGAAGUCUAUUAUUUCAAGUGAGCCAAUUUUUAUAGAGAUCGAUUCUCCAGUGAAUAUUUGUGGUGAUCUUCACGGGCAGUACUAUGACCUGAUCAAUAUUUUUAAUCGAUGCCCACCUUUAGGUGGGAAGGUGUUUGGUAAAAAAUCCACCGAUACAGAAGAUUGUCUUCGUGAAAAGCCAUGUAGCUUCUUGUUUCUCGGCGACUACGUCGAUAGAGGACCGCGCUCAAUCGAGGUAAUGAUUACAUUGCUUGCUCUUAAGAUUAUAUCUCCGUCUAAUAUCACAAUGCUUCGGGGAAAUCAUGAGGAUGAGCAAAUUAUGCUAUUAUAUGGGUUCUUUGAUGAGUGUAAGCGGCGCUAUAGUAUUAAACUUUUUAAAAUAUUUACAGACCUCUUUAGAGUUUUACCUGUUGCCGCACUUGUCAAUGGAACAGUUUUUUGUAUGCACGGAGGACUCUCCUCUGAAUUGUUAUAUCCGAUAGAUAUUCCAGAUUUUCGUCCUUGUAGUGUGCCUCAUUCUGGUAUUAUUUGUGACCUUCUUUGGGCAGAUCCUGAGUCUGAUUUACCCGAGGGUGUUGAUUGGAUACCUAGCUCGCGCCGUAUUUCAUUUGUUUUUUCAGAACGCGUUCUUGAAAAUUUUUUAAAGCGCAAUGAAAUCGAUCUUGUUUGUCGUGCCCACCAAGUGGUUGAAGAAGGGUUUCAAUUUUUCCCCAAUAACCAUAAGCGGCAUCUUUUGACUAUAUUCUCUGCAACUAAUUAUUGCAAUGAGUUUGGAAAUCGUGGUGGUAUUUUAUGCAUAGAUGAAGAAGGCGUGUGCAGCAUUAUUACAUUUGAGCCUCCCAAUUUUGUUCAGCAAAGAGACAUAAUGCUUAUUCGCGAUCCUUUGCCUAAUUUAUUUAGAUCUGAGUAA